CCCCCUGCCUAAUUUGUCUGUGGAAGGGUUGCUAAGCAACGGCGGCUCCGGGUGGUGCCGCGUCGACGCCCAGCUGGCGUUGGCACGCGAGGCGGGAGCCGGGGUGUGAGGCGGGUCCAGGGUGGCUCGGGAGGGCAGUGAUGGAGGUCUGGUAGUGAGAGCUAACAUUUGGAUUGGUUCAGGAUGAGCCUCCUGCUGCCCAAGCUUGCAUCCAAAAAAGAGGUAGACCAGGCAAUCAAAAGUACCGCAGAAAAGGUUUUGGUCCUCAGAUUUGGAAGAGAUGAGGAUCCUGUCUGUCUGCAGAUAGAUGACAUCCUUUCUAAGACUUAUCAUGACUUAAGUAAAAUGGCUGUGAUAUAUCUGGUGGAUGUGGACCAAACACCAAUUUACACCCAGUAUUUUGACAUCAGUUAUAUUCCAUCUACUAUCUUUUUCUUCAAUGGGCAGCAUAUGAAAGUGGAUUAUGGGUCUCCAGAUCACACUAAGUUUGUGGGAAGUUUCAAAACUAAACAGGACUUCAUAGACUUGGUUGAAGUGAUCUAUCGAGGAGCAAUGCGGGGAAAACUUAUCGUCCAAAGUCCAAUCGAUCCCAAGAACAUUCCUAAAUAUGACCUUCUUUAUCAAGGCAUUUAAAACAUCUACUUGAACCGAAGUUGAAGAGAGAAGUGCAGUAGAAACAACACAUAUAACCAAAUAUCCUGUUGUUGCAUGACCCUGUUUUCCUAAAGCAGUCACACACCAGAGAGGGGAGGAGGGUAGAAGAGGUUUGAAUUUUAUAUGAAAUUUUAAAAUGGUGUCAGACCCCUUAUUAAGAGGUCGUAUUGAAAUUCGUUGAUAUUUGGUGAUGCCGUGGACCCCUAAUUUUCUACUAUCUAUACGUAUUUGGUGAAUUGUGCUGAAUGGUGUCAAUCUUGGAUUUGGGCUUAAUUUCUAACCUCACACCCCGCUCCCUUCCACUAACUUGCCCUUUCUCUCUCAUUAGGAGAAUAUUACUGACCCAAUUUGUCAUCUAUCCCAAAUGAAUGUAGGAUAUUCUUUUACAUGGAGCUAAUCAGUUUCAGAUUGAACUAUGCUUAUUAGAUCAAGGAUGAAAAUGAUAAGUUGCUUUCUCCUCUAGAGAAAAAGGAACUGCCGUUUUUCGGUCACGUGUAGUUCCUUGGUCCUUUUUUUAAAAAGUCAUUAAUGAAACUAGACCUCUGUAUAGUUGCUUCCAUUUCAUCCUAUCUUCUGCUCUAACUUGGGGUAGGAGGGCGCAGUGAAUCUCAUCACUGAUAGACAAGUUCUGCUCUAGAGCCUUUGGAGUGUUUUUAAUAGCUUGAAAUCUUUAUAAAUUUCUGCAACAGUGCCCUUGUUUAGAGCAUAAAGUAACAAUUAUUAUUUGUGCUGGUCUGUAUAAGGUAGUGGUUCUUUUGGUAGCUGGAGGCUCAGAUUCUCACCAUUCUGUACCUCAUCUGAGUCAAGCCCAAGUUUGAACCUUUCAUGGGAUGAUUCUCCCCUAGUAUGCCAUGGCUCAAAAGAAGGAGAAGCUGAAUUGGAUUAGUAAUAGCAUUAGGGAAUGCACCCUACUGGCUUCUGGACUUCUGGAAUCUCUUAUUCUUCCAGGGCCUCAGGGAUAUUACCUUUUCCCUCGAGAAGCACCAUACCCCCAUUUAUACAAGGAUUGUUAUUCUAGUCACAUCUCGUCUUGAAAAUUUGGGGGAGUGCUUCUUUGGAGUCCUAAUUUCCACAAAUAGUUCUUUCUUGAGAGCCUACUUAGGGGAAUAAGGACCAGACCUGUGAUGUCCUUACCAAAGCUCCAAGAUGAGGAAAUUCACUCUCCCAACUCAAGCGGCACUUUCUCUACAACUCAUGGUCUUCAAAUAUUCCCUGGAGGAUUAAAAAUUUAAUUGACUCACCCAGGGCCACAUAGCUAAUAUGUAUAGAGUCAGGAUUCGAAUUCAGGUCUUCCUUGCUCCAAGGCCACUUCUAUUAGGCCACCCUGUCUAAAUAGAGUAAAUAGUAACUCUCUAUAAAAUUAUUUUCCUUCUGAAUACUAGAUGGAUGAUAGCCAAUAAAAUAAAAUAAUUAUUUUCUGCUGGCUUUAUUACUCCACAGGCUUUUGAAAGUUAUUAAACAACUGAUAUGUGAAGAUAUCAGAUAUACAUAUGUGAAUAUAUAGGCAUACAUAUAUACAAAGGGAAAUCAGGGAAACAAAAUGGACCUUGGUGAAGACAAUAGUGUCUGAUGGUAGGAGAUUAUACUUGGAAAAAGGAGAGUAUAAUUUGAAGGGGGAGGUAGGAUUAGACAGGUGGUGGUAUUGGGCUGUCUGUGACGUAAAAACAAAGAGAUGGAGAUAAAGAAGAACUUUCUGAUUGAAAGA